AUGCUGCCUGCUGCCAGGGGCGCUUUUGUUUUUCCUUUUAGGCCUCAGCUGCAUGCAAUGCAUGCGCUCCGAGCCCCAAGGGCCUCUGCAUGCAAGCCCCAAGGCUGCUGCAGCGCAGCAGCUGCGUUGAAGCCACCUGCUGCUGCUCAGCAAAGACGGAGCCACAGCAGCAGCAGCAGCAGCAGCAGCGGGCCCACGCAUAUUCUCGAUUUGCGUUUUCUGGAAGCGCUGCGCCCCGGCAGCGCCAAAUGGAAGGCAGUUCCUCCUGCUCCAGCCGCAGCAGCAGCAACAGCAGAAGCAGCAGCAGCAGCAGCAGCACCAGCUGCUGCUGCAGCAGAGGCUGGGCGUGUUGUGCUGCUGGUGCUAAACAGGCCGCUGCCUCCUUACUUUAAGGCGCUGCUGCAGCAAGCCUCUCUUGUCUUAGCAGCAGAUGGUGCUGCUAACCACCUGCGGCACAUUUACGAGCAGCAGCAGCAGCAGCAGCAGCUACAGCUGCAGCAGCAGCAGCAGCGCGGGCGCGCCGCAGAAGACUGUGGGGCGGGCGCAGCGGCUUCAGGUGUACGUACACUUCAGUGGCCCGCAUGCAUUUGCGGCGAUUUGGAUUCUUUAAAAGAAGAGGUGAAAUAUAAUAAUAAUUAUAAUUAUAAAUUUAAUUAG